GGCUCACUUCUCUGUGAAUAAGGGGAAAUAAAGCAUAAAUAUUUCCUCUUCUUGCAAACAGCCAGAGUGAGAGAGAGCUGCGUGCAGAGAGUGAGAAAGAGAAAGGAUAGUCUCCUCACUGGAGCUGUUUUGUCAACUCUCCCGCUGUCAUGGUGCCGCCGUCCCAGAUGUUCCUUUGAGGGAGCGGAGAGCGGAGCUGCAACGCUGAAAACCUUGGCCGAGGUGAGGGAACGUGAGCGUGUGGGACAACCGCAGGCGGCGAAGAGGAGUGUAAGACUGGACGAGCGAGCGGGGAACGACGACGAGGCGGCUGGACAUGGAGCUCAGCGGGUUUCUCCUCGUCUCUCUCCUCCAGGCUCAGCUGGGGAUCCUGUGGAGUCGUGAAGACGCAGAGAGCGGGGCGCCUCCGGAGACGUCAGCCUUGCAGAGGACAAGCCUCGAGCGGCCAAGAGGCGCCCGCAGCGCACCGCCACAGGGAGGCCGACUGGACAUCACCUUCCUGCCUGACAACAUGACCCAUAGAGUGGAGGACUCGCAGCGCUACUACAGCUGGCAGAGUUUCGGCCCGGACGACCGGCGCACCCAAGACUUGUGGGUGGACCUGAAUUCUCUGCACAAGAGCCAAGUCCGAAUCCAUGGCAUCCUGUCCAACGCGCACCGGCAGGCGGCGAGGGUGGCGCUUUCCUUUGACUUCCCAUUUUAUGGACACGACUUGAGACAAAUUAUCAUUGCAACUGGUGGUUUCAUCUUCAUGGGGGACAUUACCCACCGCAUGCUGACUGCCACCCAGUACAUUGCCCCCCUCAUGGCCAACUUUGACCCCAGUUUUUCCAUGAACUCCACUGUGAGGUACUCGGAUAAUGGUCAUCUAUUUGUGGUCCAGUGGGACAAAGUGCGGCUAAAGGACAGAGAGGCUGAAGGAGCUUUUACGUUCCAGGCGGCGCUGCACAGAAACGGAACUGUGGUGUUUAACUACAGAGAGAUCCCAGUGCCAGUGGAGAGGAUUAACUCCACAGAGCAUCCUGUAAAAGUGGGACUGUCCGACGCAUUCAUGGCGUACCUCCCGUCUGAGCAGAUGACAGAUACAAAUCAGCGGACCAUCUACGAGUAUCACCGCGUUGAAAUCAACACCACCACGAUCGUCAGCGGAUCGGCGUUUGAGUUCACACCGCUGCCUACUUGUCUUCAACACACAUCCUGUGAUCUCUGCCUGGGGUCCAACCUGACAAGUGGAUGCGGGUGGUGCAACACGCUUCAACGAUGCUCAGAUGGGCUCGAUCGCCUUCGACAAGAGUGGCUGGAUUAUAACUGUCCCAAAGAGGCUGAAGGCACGUGCGAAGACUACUACCCGGCGUCGCACGAGGAAUCGACACUCACCUUCUACUCGUCAGCUGCUCCGACGUCAUCUUCAGCCGAGUUCCACGACAACGUGGUCACCAGGGAGCCUCCGGAGCACACGAGGAUGACAGAGAAUGCGGCCAUAAUUGCCGGUGUGGUGGGGGCCCUCGUCCUGGUGGUGGCGCUGACCUUGCUGGCCGUGUACUACAUCAACACACACCCCACAUUGGCUCCGCCCUUCUACCUCAUGCAGCGACGCAGCAACAACUACUGGCCCGCCAUGAAAUUCCGCAACCAGGACUACCCGUCGGGGUACGGUGAGGUGGAGCCCGUGGGUCACGAGAAGGAGGGUUUCAUCGAGGCUGAACAGUGCUGCUAAAGGCAGCCACCUGGAGAAUAAUAACAGAUUAAUAGGAAGUACACUCGCCAACUAUUGGCGGCUUUUCCUGGCUUUCUCCACGUCUCUUUGACAUUGCACACACACCAUACGUCGCAAGGUCUGAAGUGAAAAGGAGGGAAAAAAAAAAAUAUUCAAAAAUAAAUGUCAAUGGACACUG